GGCCUGAGGAGCCUGCGAUCUGGGCCCAGCUCUGGGCCGGCUCUGGACCGCAGCUCCUGGGCGCUAAGGCGGGAGGUCCUCCCCGAGGGCUGCGGGUCGCCGAGGGGCCGGGCCGAAGAUGAGGGAGGCCCAGGCGGCCCCGGCCUGAUAUUGGGGCCGGCGGCCGGAGGAGAGACGGGGGCGACCUGGCAGCUGGAGGCCCUGGCAGCCUCCCGAGAGCCCCCGAGAGCCGGCCCUCCCUUCCUCCGUGACAGUAGAAAUGAUGGAAGAAUUGCAUAGCCUGGACCCACGACGGCAGGAAUUAUUGGAGGCCAGGUUUACUGGAGUAGGUGUUAGUAAGGGACCACUUAAUAGUGAGUCUUCCAACCAGAGCUUGUGCAGUGUGGGAUCCUUGAGUGAUAAAGAAGUAGAGACUCCCGAGAAAAAGCAGAAUGACCAGCGAAAUCGGAAAAGAAAAGCUGAACCAUAUGAAACUAGCCAAGGGAAAGGCACUCCUAGGGGACAUAAAAUUAGUGAUUACUUUGAGUUUGCUGGGGGAAGCGGGCCAGGAACCAGCCCUGGCAGAAGUGUUCCACCAGUUGCACGAUCCUCACCGCAACAUUCCUUAUCCAAUCCCUUACCGCGACGAGUAGAACAGCCCCUCUAUGGUUUAGAUGGCACCGCUGCAAAGGAGGCGACAGAGGAGCAGUCUGCUCUGCCAACCCUUAUGUCAGUGAUGCUAGCAAAACCUCGGCUAGACACAGAGCAGCUGGCACAAAGGGGAGCUGGCCUCUGCUUCACUUUUGUUUCAGCUCAGCAAAACAGUCCCUCAUCUACGGGAUCUGGCAACACAGAGCAUUCCUGCAGCUCCCAAAAACAGAUCUCCAUCCAGCACAGACAGACCCAGUCUGACCUCACAAUAGAAAAAAUAUCUGCACUAGAAAACAGUAAGAAUUCUGACUUAGAGAAGAAGGAGGGAAGAAUAGAUGAUUUAUUAAGAGCCAACUGUGAUUUGAGACGGCAGAUUGAUGAACAGCAAAAGAUGCUAGAGAAAUACAAGGAACGAUUAAAUAGAUGUGUGACAAUGAGCAAGAAACUCCUUAUAGAAAAGUCAAAACAAGAGAAGAUGGCAUGUAGAGAUAAGAGCAUGCAAGACCGCUUGAGAUUGGGCCACUUUACUACUGUCCGACAUGGGGCCUCGUUUACUGAACAGUGGACAGAUGGUUAUGCUUUUCAGAAUCUUAUCAAGCAACAGGAAAGGAUAAAUUCACAGAGGGAAGAGAUAGAAAGACAACGGAAAAUGUUAGCAAAACGGAAACCUCCUGCCAUGGGUCAGGCCCCUCCUGCAACCAAUGAGCAGAAACAGCGAAAAAGCAAGACCAAUGGAGCUGAAAAUGAAACGUUAACAUUAGCAGAAUACCACGAACAAGAAGAAAUCUUCAAACUCAGAUUAGGUCAUCUUAAAAAAGAGGAAGCAGAGAUCCAGGCAGAGCUGGAAAGGCUAGAAAGGGUUAGAAAUCUACAUAUCAGGGAACUUAAAAGGAUACAUAAUGAAGAUAAUUCACAAUUUAAAGAUCAUCCAACGCUAAAUGACAGAUAUUUGUUGUUACAUCUUUUGGGUAGAGGGGGUUUCAGUGAAGUUUACAAGGCAUUUGAUCUAACAGAGCAAAGAUACGUAGCUGUGAAAAUUCACCAGUUAAAUAAAAACUGGAGAGAUGAGAAAAAGGAGAAUUACCACAAGCAUGCAUGUAGGGAAUACCGGAUUCAUAAAGAACUGGAUCAUCCCAGAAUAGUUAAGCUGUAUGAUUACUUUUCACUGGAUACUGACUCGUUUUGUACAGUAUUAGAAUACUGUGAGGGAAAUGAUCUGGACUUCUACCUGAAACAGCACAAAUUAAUGUCGGAGAAAGAGGCCCGGUCCAUUAUCAUGCAGAUUGUGAAUGCUUUAAAGUACUUAAAUGAAAUAAAACCUCCUAUCAUACACUAUGACCUCAAACCAGGUAAUAUUCUUUUAGUAAAUGGUACAGCGUGUGGAGAGAUAAAAAUUACAGAUUUUGGUCUUUCGAAGAUCAUGGAUGAUGAUAGCUACAAUUCAGUGGAUGGCAUGGAGCUAACAUCACAAGGUGCUGGUACUUAUUGGUAUUUACCACCAGAGUGUUUUGUGGUUGGGAAAGAACCACCAAAGAUCUCAAAUAAAGUUGAUGUGUGGUCGGUGGGUGUGAUCUUCUAUCAGUGUCUUUAUGGAAGGAAGCCUUUUGGCCAUAACCAGUCUCAGCAAGACAUCCUACAAGAGAAUACUAUUCUUAAAGCUACUGAAGUGCAGUUCCCACCAAAGCCAGUAGUAACACCUGAAGCAAAGGCAUUUAUUCGACGAUGCUUGGCCUACCGAAAGGAGGACCGCAUUGAUGUCCAGCAGCUGGCCUGUGACCCCUACUUGCUGCCUCAUAUCCGAAAGUCGGUCUCUACGAGUAGCCCUGCUGGAGCUGCUAUUGCAUCAACCUCUGGGGCAUCCAAUAACAGUUCUUCGAAUUGAGACCAACUCCAAGGCCACAAACUGUUCAACACACCAAGUGGACAAAUGGCAUUCAGCAGCGGGUUUGGAACAUAGCGAAUCCGAAUGGAUCUGAUGAAACCUGUACCAGGUGCUUUUAUUUUCUUGCUUUUUUCCCAUCCAUAGAGCAUGACAGCAUCGAUUCUCAUUGAGGAGAAACCCUGGGCAGCUCCGGCCAGGCCUCAUAGGAAAAGGCCCCGCCCAGGGUUCCGGCGUCAACGGCCACUGUGUGUGGCUGCUCUGAGUGAGGAAAAAUUAAAAAGAAAAACUGGUUCCAUGUACUGUGAACUUGAAAACAUGCAGACUCAGGGGGGUCCCUGAUGCAAUGCUUCAGAUGAAGAAUGUGGACUUGAAAAUACAGACUGGGCUAGUCCAGUGUCUAUAUUUAAACUUGUUCUUUUCUUUUAAUAAAGUUUAGGUAACAUCUCCUGAAAAGCUUGUAGCACAAAGGCUCAGCUGGGGAUGGUGUUUGACUUCGGAGGAAAAAAGUUGCUAUUGCCCGUUAAAGGCACUAGAGUUAGUGUUUUAUCCCUAAAUAAUUUCAAUUUUUAAAAACACGCAGCUUCCCUCUCCCCUUUUUUAUUUUUGAAAGAAUACAUUUGGGCAUAAAGUGAAACCCGUAUUAGCAAGUACGUGGCAACGUUCAUUCCAAUCAGAUGCAGCUUUCUCCUCCGUCUGGUCUCCUGUUUGCAAUUGCUUCCCUUGUCUCAGUAGGGAAAAAAUUGAGUGGGAGUACUGAGAUGUGUGGGUUUUUGCCAUUCGACAAAGAAUGAGGUUAGAAGACUGCAGCUUGGAGUCUCUUUAGGUUUUCAACUAUUUCUUCACAAUUUGAACACUUGACGGUUGUCCCUUUUAAUUUAUUUGAAGUGCUAUUUUUUUAAAUAAAGGUUCAUCUGUCCAUGCAGUCCUCUUGGAUUCUCUGAAUGUAGUAACUAUGAAGCUAUGCCAAAGGUAGGCAGAAAAUGGGCUUGGGAGCCAGACACUCCAGGGAUCAGUAGUUCCUACCCACAGUCCUUGUGUGCUUGCUAAAUGGUGUACAUUUCUUGUUAACCACGUUAUUAAAACUUGAUCAGCACAUA